AUGAACAAACAAGUGUUUUUCUUCAUUUUCGUUUCAUCUCUUGUUCUUUGUGUUUCGUUGGUUCGAGCUGAAGAAGAAGAAGAGUUUGAAGAUUCGUUCGAUGGUCAACAAGAAGAAGAAGCUAUUUUAGAGAGAGAAAGACGAGAUAUCUCAGCUGAUUUAGAAGGAGCCGAAUCUGCAGCUGGUGGUGCAGGAGGUGCUGGUCUUGCUGCUUUCAAGAAAGGUGCUGGUGGUGGCGGAGCUGCUGGAUAUCAAGCUGGUGGAGCUGGUAAGGCUGGUUAUGCUGCUGGAGCUAAAGGUGCUAAAGGUGGUGCUGCUUAUGGAGCCGCUGGAGCUGCUGGUGGGGCUAAAGGAGCCUCUAAAAAGGGUGGAUUCGCUUCUGGAGCUUUUGGUAAAAAGUAUGGAAAGAAAGGAGGAUUCGCUAAAGCCGGUGGUGCUGGAUACAACAAGAAAUACGGGCUUGUUAAGAAAUUUGGAAUGAGCCAAGGAUUCAAAUUCGGUAAAGCCGCUGGUUAUGGUGCUGCUGGAGGUGCUGUCGGAGGCAAAGCUGCCAAAGGAGGUUAUGCUGGAGCUUCAGGAGCAGCUGGAUACAAGGGAGGUAAAGUCGGUGUGGCUUCGCUGCUGAACUUCAGGCUGCUGAGCCAAGGAGUGGAGCAGGAGGCCAGUGAUAAAGCCGCUGGUGUUGCAGGAGCGGCUGAGUUAAGGAAUCGCGGAGUUGGUUAUGAUUCGGUAGAUAAACCUAUCACCAACUUCAUAACCAUUUUUUUCAUUUAUUUAUCAAAGCCAGAACAUUCAAAAUCUAUCACAAUGAACUACAAAACAGCGUAA